AUGACCUCCAAGAAACAGAAACCGAAUCUCACUUUGGCAAUUCCUUCCAAUGCGUCGGAACUCUCGCGCAUCGAAACAGCGACCAGCAACAGCUCCGGCCACAGCAGUGAUCGAUGCUUCAGUGUGCCUGGUUCGCCUGAUAGCACGACCAAUUCUUCCAUACCUUCAAUGGACAAGCGUUACCCGUCGACCGCUGGCAACGAUGGCUAUUCCAUCUUUUAUCUAAGGAUGCCCAAUGGCAAUUGGCGAGUACGUGUCCGUACGGCCGAUCGCAAAAUAAUCCACACUUAUGAAAUUGAUGGUACCAUGAUAUAA